AUGAAAUAUUUGAAAUUCUAUAGAAAUAAGUAGAUGAAAGGAAAAAAAAGAAAAAAAAUAAAAAAUAGCAGAGAUCAAAUAAGACAAAAAAAAACUUGUAAAUAAUGCAAUUUACUAUUAUUUGGAUAGACUGAUGGUCUAGCUAAACAUCCUUAAUAAUUUUAACCAGGAAAAGGAAUCUGUUAGUUUUUCUAGAAAAGUGACUUUCUCUUGCCCAAAUAACCAAAAUCAGGUUUAGAACGAAUUCAAAGUGCAUGGUUACCAACUUACACUCAUUCUCGUUUAAUGAGUGCUACACCAUUAGACACAGAGCCAUUUCCUCGUCCUCCUUCUGUUAAAGAGAAAGUUUGGAGACCAUUCUCAUCUCAACCGAAUAAGCUGAACAUGAUAUAAUUAGUGCCUCAUAGUCCAAAGGAUGAUGCAUUAACUCCGAAGAAGAAUUCAUUAGCCUUUGAUAUAGGUGAAAAACUAGUUCCAAUGAAGCCAUUUCAACCAACCAGAAGAAUAUUUAGUGCAUUUCCAAAAUGA